GUCAUCUAUAUGAAGUCACGGAAAUUGCCCUAAACAUGGAUCCAGCUUGAACACCGCCAGGUUUGCAAUGCAAGCCUCUUUAUCUUGUACGUUUCUUACAGCGGCGCGGAGCGAAAGAAAACAAGGACUAAGAGAAAAUGGAUAAAAUUUCCCAGGGUCCAUUUGACCCCCCUCCAAUCUUUCACUUUUCAUCUAUCACAAUCGUUUUCAUUUCGGGCUUGCUGCGUAAAUGCAUCUUGGGCCGUCCAACUGGCAAGGGUCGUCUCAUGAGGAGAUCAACUAAUAACUGCAAGCAGCGUUGGAAUCGUGUUUCAUCAGAUGUCUGUGCUGCCAUUCUGUUCAAGAUCGCGCUGGCAUCGCAUCUGGUUCUUUUUCAAGGCUUCUCAAUACCCUGAGGUCAUCAAGUCAUCUAUUGGAUGACUAGUGACUAGUGACGG